UCCAGAUUCCAGCAUCCGUCCUCCUGUGUUUUUUUUCCCGUCACACUACACACUCGCAAGUUGAUGAAAGGUUAUUCAGCACGAACAGAAUUGUCGCCAGAACAUACUUUAGCUCUGCAAUCCCGCUGUGCUGCCGGUAAGAGGCAGACGAGUUCCCCAAUCCAACGGAGAAGGACGUUAUUUCCUUACCUAGCGAGGAUAUUAACUCUUGCCUGUGGCUGCUUUCAUUCAAACCUUGCCAAAUCCCACACACAGCACACAAUUUUGCCACUGAUAUCACUGGCUCCAAUUUCCGGUCCUGAUGGAAAGCGAGAGUGCAACUUGAUCCGAGGAGUCGACCUUUCGAGAUUUUAGCCUCGGCUCCACCUGCCCUGGGCUCAUCGACCGCUCGGACUUUGCCAGUUGCACAGCAAGCAAAGAGAUUCCAGAAUUGUCGCGGAACUGAGCAAAGGAGGGCAGCCUGUCGGGCUUGCCGACUGCCAAGCAACAUUCCCCGCCGCGAGGAUGAAUCCAACAAGCGCCAAGUACUGCAACAUCGCUAUAUAAAUUACAAAAAAACUUUUCACCGUGAACAGCCGGCAUGGCAAAAAAUACGUGCUUGUAUUUUCGUAUUAUCGAAGGAAGAAAUUUGCCGGCAAAGGACGUGUCUGGUACCAGCGAUCCUUACUGUCUGGUUAAGGUGGACAACGAGGUGGUGGCCAGAACUGCUACAGUAUGGCGGGAUUUAAAUCCAUUCUGGGGCGAAGAAUAUACUCUCCACCUCCCUAUGGGUUUCCACAACCUCUCGUUUUACGUUAUGGAUGAAGAUACCAUCGGGCAUGAUGACGUCAUUGGGAAGAUUUCUCUCGACAAGGAGAACCUUGCAGCUCAUUUACGAGGUAUUGACAACUGGAUAAAUCUGACUCGAAUUAACCCAGAUGAGGAGAUCCAAGGAGAAAUACACCUGGGUUUAGAGAUUCUCCGAGACCGGCAGACGAGGGUCCUCAAGUGCCAUCUCAUCGAAGCUAGAGAUCUUGCACCUCGAGAUAUUUCGGGCACAUCAGACCCAUUUGCAAGAGUGGUAUUUAACAGCAAGACUACAGAAACAGCCACUAUAAAGAAGACUCGUUUUCCUCACUGGAACGAAGUGUUUGAGUUUGAACUGGAGGGGGACAAGCCAACGGAAGAAAUGACAUUCACUGUGGAAGUCUGGGAUUGGGAUAUGGUGGGGAAGAAUGACUUUCUGGGAAAGAUUGACUUUAAUUUGGACGCACUUCAGAAGACUCAGAUAACCAGGGGCUGGUUUAGGCUUUUGCCUUUUGAAAAGAAGGAAGACGAUGCAGGUGGAAAAUUAGGAGCAUUACGAUUAAAAGUCAGGUUGGCAGAAGACCGGAUACUACCUUCAAUGUACUAUCAGCCACUAAUUGACAUCUUAGUGGAACCUGUAAUUGCUGCAUCUAAAAGUGAUGCUACUGGUGUCUUGAGCAGAAGAACCACUCUGGCCAAGUCGUCACAAGCUUAUGAUGCAAGCCUCAAAUCCACAGACUCGCUGAACUGGGUUGAGGACAUCACCCCUCUCACCAUGUUAGAAGAGGUUACCACUGUGGAGAGCAGGCAAGACAUGGCUGUGACUCUGGUGAAGCUGUUCCUUGGCCAGGGCCUUGUGGUACCAUUCCUUGACUACCUCAAUAUGAGAGAAGUGUACAAGACAACUGAUCCAAACACACUUUUCAGAUCGAACUCUUUGGCCUCCAAGGCAAUGGAACAGUUUAUGAAGUUGGUGGGAAUGCCAUACUUACAUGAAGUGCUGAGGCAAGUGCUUAACCGCAUUUUUGAUGAGAAGAAAUACAUCGAACUGGAUCCUUGUAAGAUAGACCUUAACAAAAUAAGGAGAAUCUCUUUCAAAGGAGGUCCCUCGGAAGCCAAUGUGCGAGAAUGCAGCCAGGAGAUGUUGCAGUCCUACCUGACCGAUGUGAUGGAUGCCAUUGUGGGUUCGGUAGAGCAGUGCCCCUCUGUUAUGCGGGUGGUAUUCAAACAGUUACAUAAACGCGUGGAAGAGCAGUUUCCAGAAGCUGAGAAUGAGGAUGUGAAGUACUUGGCUAUUAGUGGUUUCCUGUUUCUGAGGUUCUUUGCUCCAGCUAUCCUAACACCAAAACUCUUCAGUCUCCGAGAUCAUCACGCUGAUAAAAGAACGGGAAGGACACUGCUGCUUUUAGCAAAGGCUGUGCAGUGUAUCGGUAACCUGGGUCUUCAGUUGGGACAUGGUAAAGAGCUCUGGAUGACUCCCCUACACCCUUUCAUUUUGCAGAGUGUUAGCUGCGUGAAGGACUUCCUUGAUAAAUUAAUAGACAUCGAUAAUGAAAAUGCUACUGACCUGCAGCAACGCCUGGUGUUCCACCCUUCAGUGAUCAUGAAGGAGGGUUACCUGUACAAGAGGAAAGCUGAGGGUGUAAACCUUGUCACCCGCUUCACUUUUAAAAAGCGCUAUUUCUGGCUCAGCAGUGAAAGUCUGUCAUACGCCAAGUCUUCAGACUGGCAGUCGAGGUCGUCCAUCCCAAUCCAGCGCAUCUGUGCAGUCGAGCGAGUCGACGAAAAUGCCUUCCAGCAGCUCCACAUGAUGCAGAUCAUCACGCAGGACAGUGAGGCACAGCCUCAUAUAAUGUACAUCCAGUGCAAGAACGUGAAUGAACUGAAUCAGUGGCUGUCGGCUAUCAGGAAAGCCAGUAUCUACAAUCAACGAAUGCUUCCUUCCUUUCAUCCAGGUUCUUAUAGGAGCAACCGCUGGACAUGUUGUCUGCACACAGAUAGAACUGUGCAGGGAUGCAGCCGCACACAUUCCGCCGUAACUCUCGGAGACUGGAGUGACCCUCUCGACCCUGACAUUGAGACUCAGACCAUUUACAAGCAGCUGUUGCAAGGCAGAGAAAAGCUGAAAAAGAAGUACCUUGAAUCUUUAGACUCAAACACAGCGAAGGAGCAGGAGGAAAGAAUGGACAGUGAUGGAAUUAACGAGGCUGGCAUAGACGCGAGGGGCUCCUUCCAUGAUCGCUGGACGGCCGUGGCGACCAGGCUUCUGGACAUCGUACGAGACCUGGAACGUGCUCAUCAAGCUUUUGAAAGCAGAGAGAAAGAGAAGUGGGCCAAUGAGAUGUCCAUUCCCUGAGUCAUUUCCUGUUAUCCGAUAUGAGACAUCAGUGUGUGCACUAUGUGCAGUGUGCCACGGAUGGGUCUAGGGGUGCUGUGGAUCUAAAUGAGGACAAAUUGUGCAAUUUAUCUCGGCCAAUUGAAAAACGUGCACGCAGAGGCCUAUGAGUGACACUUGUUGGGCUAGGAUGAUCAUUAUCACAAACAAAGCAACUUUUGGGGGAAAAGGAUAAAGGAGAUUUCAACUAUUAUUAAUGUGAUGAGGCUGAGGGAAGGCACCUUGCAGUGCAAGAGCAGGAAAAGUUGUUUUGUUAACAUAGGAAGUCAACGGUAAUAAAUGUCUGUAAAGUGAUUCAGUGCUGAGGUGGGGCCUGCUCCACUGACCCCAGCAUCAGCUUAACACAUCCCUCUACCGCUGUAAACGUGUUCAGUGGAACCACAGCAUACGGCAGUAUUACGUAUUUUGUUGCCAGCUGGAGUCUGAGCUGUGAUCUGUUUUCCUUUGUCAGGAGGUUAUUAUUGCAGUGAAGUGAUGUCUUGGAGCCGCAGAUGCCAUGGGGCAAACACCAUCAUCUGUGUUUUUCUUUUUAAUGAUUUAUGAACAAAUUGCUUAAGUGUAUUCUGCUGAUUUAUUAUCUAGUCUACUUUCCAGAUAGUCUGCUUGUGGAUUGAUGGAAAUUUGCACCAACCUGAGAUUCUCUUGUCUGUAGUAUUCAGGCUGCAUCUUGGUUACUGUGUAUGGAAGUAAUUACUAUUCCCUCAGAUCAAAAGCCUGGCCAGUUUCUUUUUAGUAAGAAAAAGAAUAUUAAUGUACUGUAUCGAUGAGGACUUUGACCACUGGUGCUGUUUCUCCCAUUUGCUUGUUACACCGCUAGCGUUCAGAGCAGCAAUGAAGGUCCCUUUAGGAUUCUUCAUUUGCUGUUUCCGUAACCGUUUUGUUUUUUUACCAACCCCGAGCUGAACCCCCGAACCUGGAGGACCGGUGGACCACUCUUGUUCUAGCCUCUACCCUUUGACCUGUCUGGCAUUGGUGACUCUGCCAAGUGCCAAAGCAUAAAGCCUUGACUCCAGCCAACAUAGCCCUCCAAAACCCUACAACAAGGUUGAAGGCCAAGAGCUGGACUUGGUUGUCAGAGGCUAUUUGAGGUGCACGCCAUUGGGAGCAUUUAAUAUGUAGUGAGAGCUUGUCCCCAUUAUCACCCCUAGCUAUAACAACCUUAAGGAACCAAUAUAGUAAGAGUGUUAUAAUAUGUUAUAGGAUAUACUAUAUCCUCCAUAUCAUAUAUAUAUAUAUAUAUAUAUAUAUAUGUAUACACACACCCCCUAUGUAUAAAAUAUAUAUAUGUAUGUAUAUUCCUUCCCCCCCACUCUGUUAAGCCUCUCCCUACACUGCAGUUCUUGAAGUCUUCAGUUUACUUCUGUCAUUCAUGUGCCACAUAGUUAUUGUAUAUUUAUAACGUAAUAGGCAGGAGGAGAAGAUGGUGGCGUGCCGCGUGUGCGCAACCCUCCGGUGAAAAAUGAUAUCGUAUCUGUUAAAUAGGGGCCAUGGACAAUUCUGAUUUGAUGGAGAAUGGACGUGAAAGCAGAGAGGAACAUCUGGAGAAAUUUCUGAAACGCUCGUUCGCUGCUGUCGUUACUGUGUGGUCGGGAAUCUUUCAGAGGGUAGGCCUCAAAAUCCCCGGCCUUGCCUGCUUUUGGCGACCGAGAAGGAGGUCGAAUUGUUCGGACAGAGAUGGCGCUCAGUACUCGGUGUCGGAGAGCUGAUCAGAGCUCGAAGUUUUCGGAUGACUCGGAGUCGGACUGUGGUCGGCAUGGCAGGGAGAGUUUUUCUUCCUUCUCCUGUCUGCGUGAGAUGUGGGACAUUUGAGAAACUUUGAACUUUUACUGUGCUCAUGGACUUCUUCAUCAAGUUAUGGUAUUCUGCACUGUUGUAACUAUAUGUUAUAAUUAUGUGGUUUUGUCAGUUUUUUCAGUCUUGGUUUGUCCUGUGUUUUGUGAUAUCACACUGGAGGAAAUAAUGUAUCAUUUCUUAAUGCAUGCAUUACUAAAUGACAAUAAAAGAGGACUACAUGUCCUCAUAAUCUAAAAAAAUCUAAUAUAUACUGUAUCAUGAUAUGGUACUAGUUCUAGGACCAGGGAGUGUCAACACCAACGUAAGAAAACAUCCAGAGGUGCUCAGUCAUGCAUCGGGAGCUGAAUCAAAUAUAUUUCCUGAAGCAAAGCUGGUAAAUCUCCAACAAAUUUAUUACUUUUUGUCAAAAUUACAAAUACAUUUAAGAACUGCCACUGCAUUGGGAUAGGUGUGAAGUAGAUUUUCCCCCUGUGUUAAGCCUCUCCCUGCACUGCAGUUCUUCAGAACUCUUCGAUUUGUUUCUAUCACUCACGUUUUGCAAGGGUCCCCCAGGCUCCGUCUGUUCCGAGAUGUUUGCUGAAUGCAGCAUUAAAAAACCGUGAAGCAAGGGCUGGCCACCGUGAGUUAGCCCGACCAAUUACUUCCACACCCAGCAAACCUCGCACUAAGUCAUGUUCUACCAGAUUAAUUGUCGCUAAGGAUAGUGGAAACAUAGAGCAGUUAGGAAAAAAAAACAGAAACCUCGGGCUUGUAAACAGCUUGAGGAGCGGGUGGACAAUCUUCUUAACUUCUUUUUAAAAAAUUCAAGCUUGAAUGCCAAGAAGCGUGCCUCCAGUCGCCAGUGUUGUACAUCGUGACGUAGUGACGCUUGCAGACAGACAGUGACCCAUGUCAGCGGACGAGUGGGCUGGGGUGCAGUGGAAAGGGGGUGGGUGGGGAGGAAAACCGCAUGCGGUGACAGAGGAUCAAGAUACCAUGCCAUCGCUGCUGUUUAAUUGCACUAAAGCCAUCGUUCUUGUGGCACAUUUCGUACGUUGGAUUUUAGCUCUACGUUGCCCUCGACAGCUCAGCUGAAGUGAUUUAAAUGCAAAGAUUUUACAGUAGUCAGUGUAUCCUGUUAUAUUCUGAAUAUAUUGUACAGUGUGAGGUCACAUCAAAUAUUGGUGCAUGCUACAAAGAUGUGCAUGAUCGUAUCAGAGUAAUUGGUCCAUGUAUUUUACAGUUGAAACUACUGUAUGUAGGUGAGGAUUCUGUUUAUAUGUAUAUAUUUGCAUUCUGUAUACAUGCUGAGGUGGUGGAGUGGCCCGUGUAGAUCAAUACUGCCUUAAAUUUGAUUUUGUAAGCAUUUUCGAUAACUUGUCAACGUGACUUUUUUUUUAAACACACGUUCACUCUAUAGUGGGCAUCAAUAUUUGCAGUUCGUGAAUGUAUCAUGAUUUGUACUUAUUCUAUAAAGUGGUCUCGUGUGCUGAACACAAGUCUUUAUAUCAGCACCAGUCAGUGACCUGCUAUGGCCAAGUGCUGUUUGCCAGUUUUUUAUUUAUAAAAGUGUUUUGUUAAAAAAAAACAGCAAAUGAGCUUCUUUUUGCUGAGAAUUUUCAAAUGAAGUGUGUUUGCUUUCACUGUGAUAACUCUGUCUAAAGUCAGGCCCUGGAAUAUAUGGUACUUUGCACUGCAUCCAUGUUAUGUACACUAAAGUGUAUUUCAAUUUUUAUCAUGGUAUCUAAGCGACAGUAUAAAAAUAAAUGUUAUCAGACAUACAACAAUCUCACU